AUGUUAUGUGAAGGAGAUAGGGGGAGAAGCAAGAAUGGUUCAAGGAGCUUGCUGGCUCAAAAGUUGGUGACAUUCUCGAGGUUGGAGGCAGGCAAAAUCAACGUCAAGCAAGACACAGAUUUCGCACACCAGUUAAAGAAGGACGAGGGUGGAGGUGUUGAAGCUGCAAAAAGAGAUUUCAUCACGAUUGCAGAGCAGCGGCCACAUCCUCAGGGAUACUCUAUUAGGUGGGAAGGGAACUAUUGCAGGUACGUGCAAAUAGUCAUUACUUGA